CUGCUGGGUUUCUUGGUUAUCUCCUGUCUCCAUGUCUCCUUUGCUGCCCCGGUCAACAAACCAACCAACUGGCUCAGACAAUGUCGCGCUGCCACCAACCUCUCCCUCACAGCACUGGAGGUGCUGCCAGGUGGAGGAUGGGACAACCUGCGGAACAUGGACAUGGGUCAGGUGAUGAACAUGAGCUACUUCCAGUGCCGGACCACGGAGAACAGUGUGUACCUCAUCCCAGAUGAAGUGUUUGUCAUUCCCCAUAAAGUAACUGGUGUUGAAACCAGCUCAGAGAUCAUCAGCUCCUGGCUGGAGCAGACCAGUGCUACAGCCCUGAGCAUCAAUGGAGACGUUUCCUUCUUCUCUGUGCUGAAUGGAAAAUUUUCAGCAGAGAGUCAGAGAAUGAAAACCCACCAGGUCAAAGACUCUUCAACCACUACCAGAGUGCAGGUUCAUAACCUGAUCUACAGUGUUAAGGCUUAUCCAGACUUCACAGUGGACUUUCUUGCCCAGCAAGUCAAGGAGAUUGGCAAUGCAAUUAAAAACAACCAGACCAGAAAUGCAAACUACCUCUCAGAGAAGAUGGUGCUGGACUAUGGAACUCAUGUGAUCACCAGUGUAGAUGCCGGGGCUUCAUUGGUGGAGGAAGACUACCUCACCUCUACGUAUGUGUCGGACAACAACAGUCAAAGUUUGUCUGUGAAAAUAAUGGCUGGCCUCAAUUUUUUUGACAAAAUUAAGUUUGACAUAAACAGCGACUACAGUCAGAAGAGUUCUGACCUUCGAACGUACCAGUCCAACAUUCAGUAUUCUCUCACUGAGAGUCAUGGAGGCAUGCCCUUCUACCCAGGGAUCUCACUGCAGAAGUGGCAGGAAAGUACCAAGAACAACCUAGUGGCCAUUGACAGAUCAGGAAUUCCCCUUUAAUACUUCAUCAACACCAAGACCAUCUCCGAUCUGCCGCAGCCUACUGUUGGAAAAGUUGCUCUUAAAGUUAGUCAAGCAAUAGACCGAUACUACAAAGUAAACACCCGCCCCGGCUGUGUUGACAUCAAUUCUGAGAAUUUUAAUUUCCAGGCCAACACAGAUGAUGAUUCCUGUUAGGGACCAAAGUGUACUCCUCUCAGUUUAGAGGCUGAGCCUCUGUGUGAAACACUGGCUGAAAAAAAUCCUCAAACAGGGGAUUUCUCCUGUCGCUCACCUUAUGUUACAACUUUGCUUGCCUCGGAAGAGAAACAGAAAGGUUACAAUGUUCAUGAGUGCUACAAGCACAAGAAUAGUUGUGGAUUUUUGUAGUUGUUCACAUGUUAUAGGGAACACUGUCAAGACAAGUACUACGUUUGUUCAGCUCGCAUCCACACCUACUGGUGCUCUGCAAAUGGACAGGCCCCAGACAACUCAGGGUAUCUGUUUGGAGGCAUCUACGGCCCCUCAGUCCUGAACCCUAUCACCAAAGCCAAGAGCUGCCCGCCCAACUUCAUCGAACAAAAGUUUUUUGCCGACGACCAGGUAAUCUGUAUGAGCAAAGACUACGAAUCAGCAACCAGAUAUGCUGUGCCGUUUGGAGGCAUGUUCAGCUGUCAUGCAAACAACCCGCUGGCAGAAGAUCAACGUCGAUGCCCUCCCAAAUUCAGUCAGCAUCUUCCUACAGUGAGUGAUGGCUGUGAAAUCCUUUACUGCGUCCAGUCAAAAGCAUUCACGGAUGGUCGACUGCUGCCAAUCCAUCUGCCUCCAUUCAUCAAACCUCCACUUAUCAGUAUACGAGCAACCAACACCGUGAUGGUGAUGACUGAGGGAGACCAGAACUGGGUCAGAGUGGGACAGGCCAAAAUGUGGAAACUGGCCAAACCAGAGGAGGUCCAGCAGAUGGUACGAAACCUGAACCCAGAAUUUAAUGGGAUGUCCAGUGGUGAGAAGGCAGGAGUGGCAUUUGGGGUGAUUGGUACAAUGGCACUGCUGGCAAUAGGAGCGGUUCUCAUCAAGAAGAGAAGGGGACGACAGUUUGGGUUUGUCAGAGGCAGCAGCUAUGAGGUAUUAGAGGGAAGGGAUGGGCAGAGCAUGGGAUAGAGGGACACCCAGGAGAAUGAGGCUUAACUAAAAGCACAAACGCUUAGUUCUCGUAAAUCUAGCUCAUCUGACCUGAUGGGAAUUAGCUUUGUAUUUGAGCUUUAACAUCUGAGGAAGAACUAUUAUAAGAAAUAAUAUCUACAUCAAAUUUCUUGUUUUUCAUGAAUUAUUUAUACAAAAUUAAAAGCUCUAAUCAGUUUCACCAAAUUAUUAUAUAAUGUAUAAUAACAUAAUAUACACACGUGGACAAAA